AUGGUUUCUCGCACCCUCUCUCGCCUUGCCAUUAGGCAGGCCGAUGAACAAAGGCUUUCCCCCGUGGGACACUCAAGGUUGCCCCGGAUCCACCACGACUUUGGGCCAGGCGACUCUCUGGGCAUCUACAUUGACCAACGCCUCCCUCCCAUCUCGACUCUUCUCGGGGACCUUCUGCCGCCGCCCACGCAGCACCAGCAUUACCCGAGUUUCCCCCCCCCACCACUUCCAUCUCCCGUCGGGGCCUCCCCGUCCCUCUUCUCCGCCCCUUAUCCAAGCUGGUCGACGCUCCCUCCCCGUGCACAGUCCGUGUCAGGCCAUUACCCGGGUUACAUACCCCCUUCCCCAGCUCUCGGCCCGCGGCGAGCAUCAAGCGACUGCAUCAGCGCGGGUAUCGACAAAACACCCCGCUCCUACUCGGUUCCAACACGCACCCCCUUCCGCCACCGCCGUGCCAGCCCCGACUGUGACCGGCAAAGGCGCAGCACCAAGGACCUUGCCCGCCUCCGCCGCAGUUCCUCCUCAGACUCCAACCCCGACGAUCAUUCCAAGACCCCCAGCACCCCAACCAGCCAUAUCCCAACUCCGCCCAACGGAAGGGGCGGGACAAAGCCACCACCACGACGCAAAACUAAACCCACCACCACCACCACUCCUAAACCCGAGAACAACAACGAACCCGCAAAAACAAGCAAGCGCAACAACCAACCCUACACCUUUGAGCAGGAAGCCUUCUUCGUCUACCACCGCGUCGACCUCGACCUGCCGUGGUCCGAGGUCUGCCGCGCCUACAUGGCCCGCUGGCCCGCCAUCCCCCGCAGCGUCAGCGGCCUGGAAUGCGCCUACUACCGCACCAACGCCCAUCUGCCUGUGGUGGCGCCCGAUGGCGGGUUGGUGUUGGUGGAUUUGGCCGAGAUUGCGGGUGGUGAGGGUGGCGGUGGUGCUGGGGGGGAGAUGCUUACGCCGCCGGGUUCGCCGGGUGCGGCUGGUGUGGUCCGGUCGGAGGUGGGCGGGGAGAUGGCCGGCGAGACGAUGGGUGGGGAUAAGGAUGGGGCGGAGGAGGGAGAGGAAGGGGAUGCUAAAAGGGAGUGGUACAAGAUGUACCGCGGCGUGGCCUACCGCACCCGCCAGGUCAAGUGUAGCAAGGCGCGCUUUCCGUUGAUGGAGCGGUUCCCCGAGGAGCUGGUUGAUGAGCGCAAUGAUUGGGUUCGGCCCGAGCACCGUGCCGAGGCGAGGGUUCUUGGUGAGUAA